AUGGACGCAAAGCCACAGCGCCCUAUGAGAGCGCUUCGUGUACGCGACGAAAACGCGGUACCACAGCUACCCGCGGGAAAGAGUCUGCACGCGCGCACCAAGUCGACACCAGCACUCUCCACCCUUAUCCAGGUCGGCGGUAUCAAGGCGGCCGCAAUGAAGCGCACCGUAUUCGGAGAUGUCAGCAACACAACUCGCCAGCCAAAUGCCAAGGAUGACUUGCAGGUCCCUGGUAAGAAGAAGGACCUCAAGAUCCUGAAAGACGCUGCCGUAGAUUCCUCGAAACCAGUCGACGCUGCGGGUGCGCUGCUUCGCCCUGCUCAGCGCGCUCUGGCGCCUCUUGCUACAAAGUCGAGCACAGGUAUCACCGUAGAAGCUGUCGCACCCGCUGUACAAAAGCACGUCUCGCUUGACCUUGCGCCCCAGACAAGCAACAUCCGCAAACUACUCUCCAAGAAGUCAACAACCGUCUUCAAAGAGCAGUAUGUAGAUGUACCUGAAGCUGCACCCGCGGCCCUCUCGACGCGUCAACCUCUAGCUUCCCAGCCUUCUUCUUUUCCCCAAGUGGACCGUGCUCCAGCACAGUCCCGCGAGAUCACCGCUAUUCCUGAAGAGAGCGUGUCUGUAGCGACUGAACAGAAACCAGAUGUCAAGCCUGUCGUUGCUCAUGUGGAGACUGAAGACCGUUAUGAAUACUUGGAUGCUCUUGAGGAGCAAGCGCGCGUCCUUGAGAAAGAACGUAACGACGAAUUGGCAAAGGCCGGCACCUUGAAGGGCCUUGACGUUGAAGAGUACUGGGAUGAAGAGGAAGAGGAGGAAUACUACGACGUCGACGGAUACACUACUGCUCGGUCUCUGCGAUCACGCGGCGAUAACACCACUGGCGGUGUCACACUGGUCCUUGCCCCAAGGACGACUCUGAAGACUCAACGGGAGCUAGAGGCUGCGAGAAUAUUCGUCGAGGCCAAUCGGUCGGCAGAAGACAUUGAAGAUGAGCAGUGGGACACAUCCAUGGUAGCCGAGUAUGGCGAAGAAAUCUUCGAGUACAUGCAUGCUUUGGAGGAGCGCAUGAAGCCCAACGCCUCGUACAUGGACCACCAAGCUGAGAUCCAGUGGUCGAUGCGAUCCGUGCUUAUGGACUGGAUGGUACAAGUACACAACCGAUUCACGCUGCUUCCUGAGACUCUCUUCCUCGCCGUCAACUACGUGGAUCGCUUCCUCUCAUGCAAGGUCGUCUCAUUGGGCAAGCUUCAACUCGUCGGUGCCACUGCUCUUUUCGUCGCUGCAAAGUACGAAGAGAUCAAUUGCCCAUCUGUUCAGGAGAUUGUCUACAUGGUAGAUGGCGCAUAUACAGCGGAUGAGGUGCUGAAGGCUGAGCGCUUCAUGCUGAGCAUGCUCCAAUUUGAGCUCGGCUGGCCAGGUCCAAUGAGCUUCCUCCGUCGCAUCAGCAAGGCCGAUGAUUAUGAUCUUGAGACACGAACGCUGUCCAAGUACUUCCUCGAGAUUACUGUCAUGGAUGAGCGGUUCGUUGGCUGCGCUCCCAGCUUCCUCUCUGCCGGUGCUCAUUGCUUGGCGCGCUACAUGUUGAAGAAGGGUGACUGGACGCAAGCCCAUGUUCACUACUCUGGCUACACCCUCACACAGCUUCGACAGUUGAUCUCCGUCAUGGUGGAAUGUUGCGACAAUCCUCAGAAGCAUCACGGUGCCGUCUACGAAAAGUACACGGACAAACGUUACAAGCGCGCAUCCAUCUUUGUCGAAUCCGAAAUUGCGAAAGGCUUCUCUCUCCCUUUUGUGUCCAGGGACAGCCUCGCGAGCCAGACCUGGAGGCGAAAGUGA